AAAUGUUUUUGCUUCUUCAAAACGGCAUGCUUGUCUGCCCUUUCACUUGCUUUUUUCAGUGAGUAGUAGUGGUGAGUGGCUGCAUUUGUUCUUACUCUCUCUCUUUUGUUCUCUCUCUAGAACGCAGAGAAUACACUUGUUUCUGAUCUUUCUGGGUUUUGUUUGAGGGGUAGUGUCGUGAUUAUGGAGAGAAAGCAGGGGUUCUUUUCGGCGCUGAAGGAGGAGGUUGUCAGAGGUUUAUCGCCGGGGAGGUCCAGGGGGAGGAAUCCGAACUCGGUGAGGAGUAAGUCACCGGGUUCGGGUUUGCUGCGUAGGAGGAAGGGGAACCAGAGCCACGUGGCGCAGCCGGAGGCGUUGAUUUCGAGAUCGGGGAGUUUGAGGCCGGUGGAGGCUUUGUCGCCGUUGAGGGAAGGGCCCGAUCAGGAGGGAUUCGACGGUGGUGAUUCGAGGUCGGAGAGGUGGGGCCACUGGAUGAAGGGUCAGCUUUGCAGGGCACCCUCUGUGUCGACGUCCUCGUCGGCUGCGGCGUGCCAGAGGUCUGAUCUGAGGUUGCUGCUCGGCGUUUUGGGUGCACCAUUGGCUCCGGUGCACGUUAGUGACACCGACCCUUUGCCUCACCUUAGCAUCAAAGACACUCCCAUUGAAACUUCAUCUGCUCAGUACAUAUUGCAGCAGUAUGCAGCAGCAUCAGGAGGACAAAAGCUUCAAAACUCUCUUCAGAAUGCUUAUGCGAUGGGAAAAGUAAGGAUGUUAACUUCGGAUAUUGAGACGGCUACAAAGGUCAUAAAGACCAGGAAUUCCUCGAAAGCAGCAGAGUCGGGUGGCUUUGUGCUCUGGCAGAUGAAUCCUGACAUGUGGUAUGUAGAGCUUGCACUUGGUGGCAGCAAGGUUCACGCUGGUUGCAACGGGAAGCUUGUCUGGAGGCAUACACCCUGGCUUGGCGCACAUGCUGCAAAAGGACCUGUUAGACCCUUGCGUCGUGCCCUUCAGGGGCUUGACCCAAGGACAACUGCAAGCAUGUUCACCAACGCAAGAUGCACUGGGGAGAAGAAGAUUAAUGGAGAGGAUUGUUUCAUCCUCAAGAUUUGUGCUGAUCCACGUACAUUAAAAGCCAGGAGUGAAGGGCCAGCAGAGAUCAUAAGGCACAUUUUGUUUGGCUACUUCAGCCAGAAAACUGGGCUUCUUGUGCACUUGGAAGACUCCCAUUUGACCCGCAUUCAAAGUAAUGGAGGUGGUGAUGCUGUGUAUUGGGAAACCACUAUCAAUUCAUUCCUCGAUGAUUAUAGGCCUGUUGAGGGGAUCAUGAUUGCUCACUCCGGGCGGUCAGUGGUAACCCUUUUCAGGUUUGGAGAAACAGCGAUGAGCCACACCAAGACCAGGAUGGAGGAAGCAUGGACAAUUGAGGAAGUGGCAUUCAAUGUCCCAGGCCUAUCAGCAGACUGUUUUAUUCCUCCUGCCGAAUUAAGAUUGGGUUCUAUAAGCGAAACUUGCGAGCUCACUCAGGGAGAAAGGGUAAAGACUGCUGUGGCUGCUGCAGCGGCAGCAGCUUAUCGAGCCAAAGUUGCUUCGCUAGGGAAAUCACAUGAUGGUAACGUCAACAAUAUCGUUUUGAAGAUGGAUGUAUAAGAAAAGGAAAGAGUUUUCUGGUAAAUCUUUCAUCCUGGUAGGCUACAUUCUUGGUGCAAAUGGACUGACAAUUAAAGGUAAACUGGUAAAAGAUAGGAACUCAGUUGAUUGAGGAAUUUUGAAGUUGGGACCAAGUCUCUUUUGAAUCUGUAAAUAGACCGGAAUCAUUCACAAGUUGUCUGGGGAGCCUGCGGUCAACCUUUAUACUCUACAAAGAUCCAUUAGAGGAGUCAGGGCAUGGGUGUUCUCAAAAGGAUAUGGAGCUAAUGGAGGUUUGUCUAUUGACCUUUCCAUUUUUGGAUAUGCUGUAAAUUUAACAUAUGAGAUUCACUUCUGUGAACUCUUGUGAAACUGAAGGUUGUCUCAACUGUGCUGAUACUUGAGGAUCAAAUCUUUUAUGAUUUUAUAAAAUCUCAUCUUUUUACAUUGAA